UCUAUCUUCGGCUUCUUCCUCAUCGGCCCCUCCUCAAGCAACCAGCAAGGGAGAGAGCCUUCACUUUCCAUCCCAUAGUUUGAAUCUCUAUGAAACCUUAACAACAAUGGUGGGACCCAAAAGACAUUUCCUGCCUCUCGUUCUCAUCUCUCUUACUGCUUUCUUCUUUUACUCCUACUACCACUCCUCUCUCCCACCUUCAACCUCUGAGUUUAACCCUACUUUCACUGUCUCUAAUCCCAUCCACACUCAAAACUACAAGCCCAGUUUAACCAAUUUUUCUUUCAUCGUCAAAGUUCUUGCCUUUAACCGCCUCGAUUCAGUCUCUCGGUGCCUCCAGUCCUUGGCCAAUGCCGAUUACCUUGGUGAUCGUGUCAACCUCCAUGUGUACAUCGACCAUUUCACCCACCAAAAUGGGUCGUCUACUACAGUGGAUCAAAAAUUAAACGAAUCGCGUAGGAUUUUGGAAUUUGUUGAUGGAUUUGAUUGGAAAUUCGGUGAUAAGCUCGUGCAUUAUCGAACGACCAAUGUGGGUUUGCAAGCGCAGUGGUUGGAGGCGUGGUGGCCAAGUUCUGAUAACGAGUUUGCUUUUAUUGUUGAAGAUGAUUUGGAGAUUUCGCCGCUUUAUUAUGAGUUCAUUAAGAGCUUGAUUGUGAAUUUCUACUACAAUGCUUCGAAUUAUAGUCCAUCAAUAUAUGGAGCUUCACUGCAGCGACCAAGGUUUGUUCCAGGUAAACAUGGAAACAAAUUGCAAUUGGAUGAUAGGACAAGGCUUUUCUUGUAUCAAUUGGUUGGCACAUGGGGUCAAAUUCUCUUUCCAAAGCCAUGGAAAGAGUUUAGGUUGUGGUAUGACAAGAACAAGUCAAAGGACAUAAGGCCAUUUCUUGAGGGGAUGGUGACUACAGGGUGGUACAAAAAAAUGGGAGAGAGAAUAUGGACUCCUUGGUUCAUCAAAUUUAUUCAAUCUCGUGGUUACUUCAAUAUUUACACAAAUUUUUUGCAUGAGAGGGCUUUGAGUGUUUCUCACAGAGAUGCCGGAGUCAACUAUGGGAAAACUGCUGGACCUGACUCUCAAUUACUAGACGACAGAUCUCUUGAUUUCAAUAUUUUGGAAAUGCACCCAUUGAGUAGCUUAAAAUGGUUUGAUUUUUGCUUCAGAGAGGUAAUCCCUGCAAGGGUUGUCACGAACAUGGAUGAACUUGGACUUCUGCUUCCCUCUUUGAACAAGCAGGACAGUGUCUUUUUGGUGAACCUUUUUGAGGUAUCAGGUUCUGUAGCUAGAAAUUUACUGUGUCAUUUUGAAAGUUUAAAUAUCAGGAAUUAUAUACUUUUGGGCCCUGAGUCUGACUCCUUAUUUGAUCUAGCAAGGAGGGGACAUCCUGUGAUUAAUGGGGACCAAUUUAUCAAAAGUGUUGGAUUGUAUAAGCUUAGUUCUCUAGGUUCACGGUUUGAGGCCAUCAAGAGCAUUUUGGCAAAGGCUUAUGUAAUUAGAAAGUGUUUGGAAAAUGGGUAUAACUUGUGGGUGGUUGAUGGGAACGUGCUUUUUCUCAGUGCUGAUAUUUUUUCAGAGUCCAAGGAUCCCAAUGAUGAUUUAUUUCUUGCACCAAGCUUGGAACUCUUAUAUGCCAGAAGCUCAACUACUGCUAAGAAAAUAUGGGACAAUAACUUGGUAUCGAAAGUUGCCUCCAUGGCAGAGGAUAUGGCAAGAAAAAGUUCGCUUUCCCAUGGUGACCUAAGCUUUGUGCAUGUUAUAGCAAACAUUUUGGAACAAAAUGGUGUGAAGUUUAGAAAACUUGAUGAGACUACCUAUGGCAUGAAGAUUGGAUCUGCUAAUGUUAAUAAAUCUUCUUUAGGGGAUAAAAAUAAAAAGUUGGUGUACUGGUCAGCAGAAAUGGGACUGGAAUCAAUUCAGAAAUGGCUUGAGGAGUUGAAUUUGUGGGUUGUGGACCAAGAAUCCUCAUGCACUGCUGUGGUCUGUCACAAGUCAUAGCAUUUAGGGUCAGCUAGAAGUAGCUAUAAUUUUUUUUCUUUUUUGAAAUUAAUUCGUAUUUUUCUUCUUUUAUUUUAAUUUUGCUUAUAUAUGUUUCCACUUAGUGUACUAUCAUCUGCAACAAAGCUAAAAAUUUCCCCCUGUAUGAAUCUUGGGCAACAUGGGCAAGAUGAAGCUAGAUGGCCCGAAAAAGCAGCUUGCAAAGAUUAUAAUGAAGGAAUACUUUUGACCAUC